AUGCCAGUAGGUGAUGUUCCCCCACCAACCGAUGGCGAGGGUCAUGGGGCCUUGGGGCUCCCUGGGGUCCAUGGGCAAGGCAUAACCCCUCGUAUGAAUGAGUCGGAGUUGUUGGGACGCAUUCUUCGCAUGCCAGACGACGAAUUGAGGGCUGUCAAAAAGCAUUUUGAGAACCGGGCUUUGUCCGAAGAGGCUGCUAAGCAGGCUUGGGAGGAAUACUUUAUGCGAAGGGAUGGGGCAGCUUCGCCACUGCAAGACCCAACAGUCACAGGCGGUUUUCAGGAUCAGGGAGUGGGAAGGCUUGACCACGCCAGGAAUCGAGGGGAUAAGACCUAUUGGGAGCUCCCCAAGCUUCCUGAGUUGGACCCCAGCCAGGCGCCUUUGCAGGCGAAGGCGGCCAUGUUGAAACCUGAGGACAUCCUUGCAAACGCUCAGGCUAUGUUGCAAGGCCUACAGCUCUCAGGCGUCAGUGGUCCGAAAGUCGCAGCUCUUCGAGCCUACAGUGCAUCAUCCACAGAUCCAUAUGAUGACCCUACACCUCAUACUCCCGCGGUGGUACAAUAUGGUCUUCUCGAUGGAGGAGCCACCAAUCCUCUCAGGAUGGGCGAACAGUUUGAGCUGGACGAUGCUCAGAUGGUAGAUGUGUCACUUGCAACGGGAGAGGAUGCAAGGUUGUGGAUGAAUCGUACAGGUACCUUGAUGUCAAACGCAGAAGUGAUUCCCAUAGUUCCUAUGGGAUGCUUGGCGAGUGAACUGGGAUGUGGGGUCAUCAUUGGUCACGAAGAAGACUGGAUGCGAGGUCUCGAUUCUGCAUUCUUCAGUGUUAUGGCUUCGUUGUUUUCGGCUGCCCCCGAAGAGAAGGUUCUUGAGGCGAUUGGGACUCCUUCUUUCGAGGUGGCGGGUUAUGAGGCGCCGUGGAAUCGGAGAUUGAGGAGAUCAAUGGAGAGGUCCAAGGGCGUCCUGGUUCAUGUGUGCUCGGGUCUACAAGAUUGGGUGCCCCGCCCAAGGAGUGACUACAGGGUGCUGUCUGUUGACUUUGAAAGUGGCCACGAUCUCUUGAACCAUGGAGUCUGGAGCUAUUUGACCAGGCUUGCGAAGUUGGGUUUGGUUCGGGGAGUUGUCGGUGACUUGCCGCGCCCUUGCGAUAGCAAGGGUUGCUAUGCGGUACUGGCGAUGAGGGCCCUUGGACUCUUUGCUUUAGCACAGGCUGUUCAUGGUGACACAUUCAUUGCUUUCACGGCACCUGACAAUCCUGCACCGUCGGGGGAGGACAUAGCUAGAGACCGCGACAGACAGCAAACCUCAGAGAAUCUUGGUUUUGACCGUACCAGUAUGCGAGAGUGGCCCAUCAUGGCGAAGUUGCGUGAGAUUGCUACUUUAAGGUUCAUCUGGAAUGAGGAUAAGGAAACAGAGGAUACAGGAGAUGGUCAUGUUGAGAGUGAGGCACAUGUCGAAUAUGCAGUACAGUCUGAUGGCGCGAUGCAGUUGGGCAGUGAUGAUGCUCAGGAUGCUGGUGUAGGUAUGAUUCCGUUUGGUGAUGUUUCUCCGGACAUAGAGUAUGAGCCUUCAGAGGCAGACCUGGAUCCGGAAGCAGGGAGGCCAGGGAGAGAGCCGUUGGAGGUAUCAGAUGAAGAGCAGUUGGAUCAUGAUGACGAUGAUGCGGCUUUCCGAAGUGAAGAUGCUGGAGAUGCUGUUCCAGGGGUUUGCACGUCGUAUUUGCGAGAUGUAGAUGAGGCGACAAAACUUUGGAAGGAAAAGUAUGCAGACAGGGCAUCCGGGAUUGGAAUGAGGCGCCUUAUCUUUGUUGAAACACUGUCGAGGCGCACGAAGGAACAGGUGUCGGCUGCUCUGGCCAGGACGCUAUCUAAAUUGCAACGUUGGCAUUUUCCGAUGUUACGAUUGCACACAGAUAGGGGAGGUGAGUGGAUCAACCAGUCGGUGCGAAAGGUAGCCGAUGAUUUCAGGGUUAACCAUACCUGUACGGAGGCACAUGAUCCUUCAAGCAACGGUAGAGCAGAGUCGUCCGUUGGUGUCAUUAAGGCUGCUAUUCGCUCACGUCUUGAAACGGCUCCAGGUUUCGGUUCACAGUAUUGGUCGUUGGCGGCCUUGGAUGCUGGGGAAUCCCUAUUACGCUCCGAGAUGGCACGCUUUGAUUCCAGCAUUCGGCCAUUGAUUCCGUGGGCUACCAAGGUUUGCGUGCGCGAAAAGAAGGUUACUGAAAGUCAUUGGACUACCCGCUUCAUUGACGGCUUCAUUGUUGGUCCUUCUAGCUAUACCCCCAAAGGCUACACCAUAGCGAUACAGCCUCUUGAUGAUCCGAAGCUGUUGGUGUCGACGACUAUCCGACUGCAAAGACCGUGGCAAGCCCUGCCUACGGCCCUUCCAGGCGAAAUAUGGCAGGUUGAUCCUACGCGUCGCGUACGUCGUAAGUCUUCGCUGCUUGAGCCUGACUUGAAAGAUGCUGCUUUGGAUGAUCUAGCAGUGGUUGGAGGGGAAGUAGUCCGGGUCUCGGCAGAGGCCCCAGAACCUGUUCACGAAGUUGGUGGGUCUCUGGCUGCAGCUCCAGCGGAGUCUGUUCAAGAUGAUGCCUCAGAUUUGGAUUUGUUUCCUCCUAGUCCUGGUUCUGUUGCACCACUCGCGACGCGCCGAGUUUGUCGAAGCACGCAGCGUUUGACAUUGGAGCAAUCAGAAGAGGCCUCUAGGGCGUUGUUGGCUGACAGUGCAUUGGACAGGAGUGCAGUGGCAGGGGUAGUGUAUGCAUCGUUGAAUCGUUCCGCAUCAAACUACAACCGUCAAGUUGACAAGGAUAUGUUUCCACAGGCUGAUUCAUGGGCGGUCUCAUUGGGGGCAUUUUGUCAAGGAUCAUUGGUCGGGGUGAUCUCGGAGUCUCGGAUGCGUCCGAUGUUGGUUCGGCUAGUGAAUCGGUUGAUCGCCACAGUUGAUGGAGCUCAUGAGUAUACCGCUUUCCGAGUUGCAUUUAACACCGCGUCUGUUCUUCAUCGCGACGUUCAUAACGAACGCGGCUUCAUGAACAUGAUUCUUCGCCUCUCUGAGUUUGGGGGUGGCAGGGUGUUUACAAAAGGCGGACCGGUGGAUUUCGAUGCAUGUGGAAGGGUGUAUUUGGAUCCGAGUCUGCCUCAUGGUGUGGAGCAAUCGACAGGGCCCAGAUUGGUGGUCAUUGCAUAUACACCGGCGUUUAUGACUAGACUUCCGCUUUUAGAUGUUCAUACUUUGUUGUCUUUGGGAUUUAAUCUCCCGAUGUCUUUGCGCCUUCUACCUGCUCCCAUGAAACUGCAACCCAAGAUUGCUGUCCUGCAAGUGCAAGGUGAUGUGGGUUCUAGUCCUGCAAAACCGUCCGGGUUGCUCCAACUCCAGUUUCCAGUUGCCUUGGCUCGGGGAGGUGAGGAGUGUGUGGCAGAUGGUGAGCGUUACAUGUUGCACUCCAUAGUUUUGCAUGCUGGCCUUAAACCCGAUGACACAUCGGGGGGGAGUCUUGCGAAGCUUGCUGAUGCUCUCGUGCUUUCGCAUUCCGGAAAUCCAUCUCUUCAAGUUGGCAUGAGUUCUCCUGGGGUGUUUGCACAGGAUGCUUCAGGGGGUAGUUGGUUCGCUCCUGACAGCGACGGUUCUGAGUAUUUUUCUUACGGUGAGGGCUGUGCCAUUCCGAUGAACUACAGAGGCGAACCCGAGGCUCAGAACUUUGGAGACCUGAUGGGUCUUAUGGCAUGUUUGGAGGACAUCACGCGCGGGAUCCAGUUUCCCGUGGUACGGGUCUUGAAACUCAGACAGUUGGCUUUGGAUGCGGAAGCACUCCUGGAGGGCACAUCGUUGAGUCUAAUGAGGGCUCAGGUGGAGUCAGCUUUGCAGGAUAUGGGAGCAGGCGGAGUUCCGUUGAUCGGGGAGCCAGAUCCUGAUGUUCUCCUACAAACCCGCCAAGUUCCACUGGCGGAGGCUCGCCAGCAUUUGGACGAAUGGAAGGCGGCCAUCAGUGAUGAACUUAGCGCACUUAUCUACACACACCAGGCUGUAAAAGUCGUAACGAAGCAGGACAUUGAAGCUUUAGAGGCUGCUGGAGUGGUGAUACAGAUGAUCCCGGGCAAACUUGUCUUGACUGAGAAACCGCCUGACCGACGGAAGAGGUCACGACUGGUAGCCUGUGGAAACCAUUUACCGGAUACACAACCCCCAGCAGCAGGUCUUAUCAAUCCUUUGGCACCUGCGGAUGCUUCUUCGUCGACCUCGCAUGCAGUUUCUAAGGCAGUGGAGCGUAAGGAAUUGUACGCAGCGGGUUUAGAAUCGGAGGCAUUACGCAUCCAGCUGCGAUGGGCAGCAGGUCACCGAUGGGAUUCACGAGCGGUUGACGUCAAAACGGCGUUUCUGCUAGCACCUGCUCGCCGAAAGAACGGGUCACGAGUAGUGGUGCUUGUCCCGAAGCUUGUCUUCGAGGCAGGGCUGUUGGAGCCUGGGAGCAUGUUGCUGGUAGACCGUGCGUUGUAUGGGCUCGCAGAGAGUCCAUCUGAUUGGAGUUGUUUUCGGGAUGGAACAUUCCGAGAGUGGCAUUGGCAUGGUCCGAAUGGGGAUUUGCGGAAGAUGAAGCAGAUGGAGUCCGAUUCCUCACUUUGGCUUGUUUUGGCUGCUGUCCUCAGUGCCGAUGGCGUAGUGGAGAUUGUCGAUGUGGAGGGCGAGAUUUUGGCGAUCAUAGGAGUAUACGUAGACGAUCUGCUCCUGAGCGGACCAUCCACGGAGUUGGAUGCCAUCGCCUGCGCCCUGGAAGGUUUGUGGAAAGUGAGCUCUCCAACUACGGUCUCCGAUGGCUUGAGGUUUUGUGGCCUGGAGGUCAACCUGGGGAGCGAUGGAGCCUACCUCUUACAUCAGACUUCUUACCUGAAGGACUUGGUCAGCCGCUACACUCUUCCAGCUAACUCCACGCUUCCAGAUUUCCGUCAAGGUUAUGAAGAAGAGGAGGAGAUAAGUAUCCCUGCGCUGCGACGUUCCCAAAAGCUGGUUGGUGAGUUGCUGUGGCUUUGCGGGAAAACAAGAUUGGACGUGUCCUUUACCAUAAACAGGUUGGGGCAAUUGGUGUCCAGAUUUCCGCGUAUGGUGUACGAAGAUGGGCUGCGAACAUUGGCAUACUUAGCCAGGACAUCGACAACGAUGCUUCGAUACGGUGCGUUUGAUGAACCUUGGAGGGGGGAGAAUCCUCUUCGCUACAACCGGAGAAAGAUCACCAUGGAGACUUGGUCCGACGCGAGCUUUGGCCAGGAUGAUGGUGGUCGAAGCCAACAUGGUAUAUUGUUGGUACUAGCUGGCGGAGUGGUCAGCUGGCAUAGCAGCAAGCAAACGCUGACUGCUCAAUCCACCGCAGAAUCCGAGCUCAUAGCAGCGGUAGAGGCCAUGACGCUGGGACGGGCUUUGGGGCCUGUUUGGAUGGAGUUGUGCCGUGAACGCUUGUUGUGGAGUGCAAACGUCGACAACUCAGCUUGCAUUCAGCUGUUGGUGGUGCCGGGUG